GAAGAGGAAAUACAUCUGGGAGUAAUCUUUUAUUUAUCAAAAACAGUUUAUUUAAGUGAAGUUCAGAUAUCAGAACACAUGUCCAAAUGGAGGACCACAUGACCAAAAUGAACAUGUUUUCUUCUGAUAAUUCAAACGGGUUCACAGAUGGAACUGAAGCAGAAAACAGUUCCGUCCCCGGUAAAGCACUUGGCCAUGGUCUGCUUUGUAAAGUGUGUUCUGAUUCAAGCAGUGGUAAACAUUAUGGCAUCUAUGCCUGCAACGGCUGCAGUGGCUUCUUUAAGCGCAGUGUGAGACGAAGACUCAUCUACAGGUGUCAGGCUGGAACAGGCAGGUGCCCUGUAGAUAAGGCUCAUCGGAACCAGUGCCAAGCUUGUCGACUAAAGAAGUGUCUACAAGCUGGCAUGAACAAAGAUGAUGACUCAGAUUAUUUACCUGUCCCUUUGGCAGCUGUGCAGAAUGAGCGACAGCCCCGAAGCACAGCACAUGUCAGUCUAGACUCUAUAUGUGUGGACACAAAGAAGGAGCAUCUCGCCACAACACGGGAGCUCACCUGUUCUGCCGCAUACUCAUCAGUCAUCUGCAGACCUCUGGUCACUUCUUCUGUCACCACUUCUGCCAUCGGACAGCCCUGCAGCAACCCCAAUAACAACCAUCGCUUUAUGGUCAGUCUACUGACUGCAGAGACCUGCACAAAGCUGGAACCCGAGGAUGUGGAGGAAAACAUUGAUGUGACUACCAACGAUUCAGAGAGGGAUCAGUCUCCCUCUGAUUGCCGUUUGUCCCCAUACACCUCCAGCUGUUCAGAGAGUAUAUAUGAGACGUCGGCAAGACUCCUUUUCAUGUCUGUCAAGUGGGCAAAAAAUUUGCCUGUUUUUGCUCACUUGCCAUUUCGAGACCAGGUGAUCCUCCUUGAAGAAGCUUGGAGUGAGAUGUUCCUCUUGUGCGCCAUCCAGUGGUCUUUACCCAUGGACAACUGUCCUCUUCUGUGUCUGCCAGAUCUUUCUCCUCCACAGCACACUCCACUUUCUCCUCCCACAGCUGACCUGCGCAUCCUGGAAGAGGUCUUUAAUCGCUUCAAGGGCCUGGCUGUUGACCCUACUGAGUUUGCCUGCCUGAAAGCCAUUGUACUGUUCAAGCCAGAGACACGCAGCCUGAAAGAUGCAGAACAGGUGGAGAAUCUGCAGGACCAGUCACAGGUGUUGCUAGGUCAACACAUACAUUCAGUAUACCCCAACCAAAGUGCAAGGUUUGGGAGACUGCUGCUUCUGCUGCCGUCCCUCCACUAUGUGAGCUCUCAGAAAAUAGAGCAGCUGUUCUUUCAAAGGACCAUUGGCAGCACACCCAUGGAGAAGCUGCUGUGUGACAUGUUCAAGAACUAAACAAGCCAACCUGCUAAGAAAACACAAAAACCAGCCCUCGCGUUUUCUGGCACUGAAAUUAAAUAAGCAAAGAGUUAUUAAGUGAUUAUUGCAUCAUUUUGUUUGUAAAUAUUACAAUUUUGUUAUAAAGAACUGCAGACAUACCAGAUCUUUUUGUGUUGGUGUUUAGU